AUGGCUGAGCUGACGAAAGCCCUGCAGAGCAAUACGACUCUGAGAAGGCUAGACGUGCAGGCCAGAUUUCUCGCGCUGCAAAGGGACUCUGCAGUUGCAAACUACCUCGAGCCAGAAGAUCUGAAGGCGAUCUUCGACUCCCUGGCUCCGAGCUCUGCGCUACAGGACCUGCGGGUGAACUUCCAGGCAUCCCUGAAGGCUUCCCCUCCUGUGGACUUCGCGCAGAUGAUGCGGGGCAAGGCCGGCACCGAGAUCUACAAGGCCGCCGCGGAGGCCCUCCGCGCCAACCGCCAGCUCCUGAAGCUGGAUCUGAUCCUGGUGCAGAGGCACUGGCAAGAUCAAAUUUGCCGAGGCCUCAUGCAGAACCUCGAGGAGAAGCGCAAGGGUGGGCGGGCCUGUGAAGAAGGGGUCAUGCACUUGCAUCGCCUGGCUUGA